AUGCUGUUAAAAAUUUGCUUAAAGCCUAAAAGACUCGCAAGAGCUUUCUCAACUGGGACAACAACAAGCCGUUGGAGUUCAGAGCUAACCCAGUCAUUGAAAACUUUUGAAAUAGAAGAAGGAGUUGACGAAAAGCCUGAGACCAAUCGUAACUAUCUAAGAGUCUACAGCCAUUCUUUCAGUUCUAGUUGAAUCAGAUCUAGACUGAUGCUUUAUCACUAUGAUGUUGAGUUUCAGAGUGUCAAAGUUAGUGCUGAUAAAAGAGCUAGUUGGUAUCCAGUGACUCCUGAGUUUAUCUCUCCCCUCCCUAUAUUAGAAGAGACAGAUGGAACACUUCUACAUAACUCUGAAGUUGUCAUUGAAUAUGCUAUUGCACAAGGAAAAGAUAUGGGCCCUGAGGACAACCAAAUGAGUAGAUAUGUUUUAAAAAGUAAAAUAUCCAGAUUCGAAACAGGUCUUCCUUCAAUAGUAGCUGCUCUAAACGGAAUCUCUGAUCCAGAUUUUAUGGGACUUGGUCUCGAUCCAAUUCCUGUUACUGAAGAACAGGUUAAGACUUCUCAAAAAUCUCUUAUUAGAAAAUUGAACAAAAUUGAAGAUGCUCUUUCCAAGAAUUCUAAAGGAAAUAUGUAUUUCUUUGAUAAAGAAAAUCUAACUGUUGCUGAUGCAAGAAUUUCUCCAUAUCUUGUCAGUAUUUAUUCAGCCCUAGAGGAUGGACAUCCUAACCUUGUCGGACUUAAUCUAGAGUCUUUCAAGUCAAUCAAGCAAUACGUUGAUUAUCUCAGGACUCAUGAAAAGUAUGGAGGGGCGUUUGAUAUCCAUAUUGAAUAGAUCUUUCAAAAAGU